GGUAACCAUAAUGGCCGUCAAUUUCCACCGGGGUCCUUCAUUUGAAUUCAUUCCAUUGUCGCAAAUGAAAGGUGUGGGCUCGCUGGUGGUGGGAUGCUUCGAAAGGGGCGUCAGUAACAUCACAGCCAGCCAGCUAGCGUCGUCGCUCCACUUUUGCCUUUGAGCUCGCUGCCGUCUCACCGCCGACGAGGCGAGGCGAAGCCGGCUGGCGUCGUGUGGCGGUCCGACUCCCCCCUGCCCGGCUGCUGGAAAUGAAAGCGACGCGGCCAUAAAGGAGCGUCUUCUCCUCCACGUCGGCCCUUUUCCAAGUGGAGCGCCUACUUUGGAGAUACGAUGAGGAAUCCACGGAGCGAUUUAGCCUUGACAUUCUGGCUAUUUCUCGAGCCGCAAGGGGUCACUCGAGCGGAAAAGGCUGUAGAGGCCAAAAAGUACUGCUGGUAUUUUGAGGGCGGAUACCCAAUAUACUUCAUAUGUCGCUCGUACGAGGACUGCUGCGGGACUCGCUGCUGUGUGAGAGCUCUGUCCAUCCAGAGACUCUGGUACUUCUGGGUGCUGCUGAUGAUGGGGGUGCUGUUCUGCUGCGGCGCCGGCUUCUUCAUCCGUCGGAGGAUGUACCCGUCGUCUCUUCGAGACGAGCCUGCCUUCAACGUGUCGUUCACCAGACACCCUGUCCCCACACCGGUUUCCCAGCAGCCGGGAAGCACGCAGGGCUUCGGCGCGAACGGGAUGACGGCGGGCGACCCGACGCUCUCCACGACGCACCCCGCGUAUCCGCCUCAGCCCGGCUCCGCCCACAUGAUGCUGGCCCCCUACCCUCCGCCGCCAUCUUACUGCAACCACCCGCCGCCGUCCUAUGAACAAAUUUUCCACAACGGCGACAAGAAGUAACGUUUGAGGAGAAAAAUGAGGAAGUGCACCGUUUGUUUGAACCUCAACCGUUUUGUGAGAGGAGUGGCACUGCGUUAUCCUGGGGAAAAAAAAAAAAGAAGACUUAAAAAAAACAAAACAAAAACAGGCACAGCAGUUCAAAUCUAGAUCCACAUGCACACAUUCUUCUGCAUUCACUUAUUUUCUUCAUCAUCCAAAGUGGGUCAAGUUGGAUCCGCUGCCACCAUCUUCCCUCCGCCUCUCAACUGCACAAUGUAUAACGCCAUUGGAACGCGCCAUGUAAUAAAAAGUGAGAUAAUA